GGCCAUUGGGUCAAUCAACCAACCAUUUAUGUGGAAGGAAAAGAACUGAAGUUUUCUUUUAUUACUUGUUUGACAGGUUAGAAAAUGGGUUCCACACGACUGCUUCUGCUCAUACUAGUAUUCAUGGUCAUAAUCUUAGGUGUAAAUAGCAAAGAAACUGCUGGACAAAUUGCAUCAUCACCAAGUGAUUCUGCACCAGGUCCAAAUUCCAUCAAUAUCUCAGGACAAAGGAAGGAAUCAGAUAACACAGUGAGGGUUGAUCCUUUAAACAAUUUCAAGAAAUACAGAGGAGGAUAUGACAUUACAAACAAGCACUAUUGGAGUGUAAUAUCUCUUUCUCUUAAAGAUUAUUUCCAGUAUACAACUGUUCUCAUGGAAUCUGUCUCCAAUCUAAGUAAAGAAAGUAAGAUGUUGUAAUGGGAUUGGGAUUGGGAUUGUAAUUCUUGAAUUAAUUUAUAUAGUCUUCUCUCUUUUAAGGGUAUUGUUUUGGUUUUGUGCAGUCAACUGUAUUCACAGGCUCCUACGGGUAUAUAAUUGGGAUCUUAUGGCUUAUGUGUGGACUGGUCUAUGGAGGUUAUCUUGUGGCCUCUACCUUCUGUUGCAAAAGGACUGGAAAGAUGAAGAGAAAACCACACUGUUUCAAAGAAUGUGACUUUUGGCCUAUUCUCCUGGCUGUAUUCUUCACAAUCCUGGCAAUAACUGCAUCUGGGUUGGUUCUUGGAGGGAGUGCAAGAUUCCAUUCUCAGGCAAAAACUGUUGUGAACAUUAUCAUCCAUACUGCAAAUGAGGCAUCAGAAACCAUAUACAAUACAACAGGAGCUAUGAAAGAAAUGAGAAAUAACUUGGGAGCAACUACAGCUGCCACUCCAGAGGCAUCUGAGGCGUCUGGCUUCCUUACCUCAACAUCUAAGAAACUUGAUGUUGAAGCUGCAGACAUAGAGAGUGAGGCCAGAAAGAACAGACACUUGAUUAACAAGGGUCUCAAGAUAGUGUAUGUAAUAACUACAUUGACUGUUUCCUUGAACCUUAUAGCAGUUAUUGCUUUGUCAGUGACCGGAAUUUUGCAAUUUCAAAGGACACUUAAAGUGCUAAUUGCAGUUUGCUGGUUCUUGACAGUUCUAGGCUGGUUGCUCUCGGGGAUGUAUUUCUUCUUAGAAAAUUUCUCAAGUGACACGUGCACUGCUCUUGAAAGCUUCCAAGAAAAUCCCUACAAUAACAGCUUGAGCUCAAUCCUCCCAUGUGAUGAAUUGCUCUCUGCAAAACCAGUCCUAUCUGAUGUUAGUGCAGGGAUAUACAAGCUUGUUAACCGGGUGAAUGCAAACAUAUCAGCAAUGCAGGCAACAACAUAUCCGAGUCUUGCUUAUGUCUGCAAUCCUUUUUCUGCACCACCAGAUUAUUCAUACCAGCCUAAUAACUGUCCCGCUAAUUCAAUUAAAAUAGGUGACAUACCAAAGAUAUUGGGUGUGUUUACUUGCUCUGAUGCCAACAAUGGGACCUGUAAAGAUGGAGAAUUCAUCUCCGGCAGUGAUUACAGAACUGUUAAGGCUUACACAAGCACAAUUCAAAGCCUACUAAAUGCUUAUCCUGGUAUGGAAAAUUUAGUAGAAUGUCAGUCAGUAAAGGAUGCAUUUUCUGAGAUCCUUCACAAACAUUGCAAACCAAUGAAAAAAUUCUUGCACGUGGUAUGGGCUGCAAUGGUACUUCUCUCAAUCAUAAUGGUAUUUUAUAUUAUGAUAUGGGCAACACACACUCAUCACAAACAAGAACUUCAUUCUUCAGAUGGUUCAGUGAAUCCUCAAUCUGCAACAGCAAAUAGUAAUUCAGUUUAGAGAUUACACUUUUUAUGAUUGUUGAUGGAAGAUAAAAGCGCAAGCAACUUCCACAACCACGGCUAUAACAUAUUCUUAAUAGGUUGUACAGGAAUUGAUCAUACAAAGUUGCAAUUAGAAUACAUAGAAAAGAAAGAGAUAGAGAAAGUAGUCUGCAUGGGGGAGGGGGAAAAAGAAAUAUGUAUUUUGACAAUAAUUUUUUUAGCUUAAU